CUUUGCGAUUUUCACAUCACGACAACUGAUACCUCCGUCCCGAAGGCCAUUCGACUUAUGAGCGCACCGCCAGCCAGCACGAAUCGGGCACCUCGAGGCGGAAAGGGGGGUGGUUAUGGUCGCUUCAAGGCCAACAACCAGAAGUUCGGUACUCCCUUGCCGAUCCUUUUGCCGACCUCGCCUCUCCAUCCCGACUACAUCGAGCCGCCUUCAAGAGACUUUGGCGGUCCUGCAGAGACGAGUUCGUCAGUGUCUCACGGCUUGACCUACCUUUUGAAGUCGUACCUGUACUCGACCGGACCCAUUCGACCGCAGUGCACCGGAACAUACGAUCCUCUGACUCGGUCGGUAUGGGUCACCAAUAAAGCGGACCGUGAGAUCUUGUUCGAGAGGGGGUUCUUUGGCAAAGGAAACUUGAGUCGUAGCGAUCUAAGUUGGGCGAUCAGACGGGCCAAGGCUUUGGAAGGAGAGCGCGACGGACGAGGGUUGACAUCGGAGGAGGUGACAGCACUACGAAGAAAAGAGCGAAAACAGUUCAAGAGAGACCGAGCUCAGGCGAUGUUAGAUGCGUCACUAGCAGCAGAAGCAAUCUUGACGGGGAAGACCUUGGCAAGCACUUCUGCUGUCAAUGACAAUCAUACAGAUCAGGCUGGGGAAUCUCUUCACCGGGUUGAUUCGACCACCCCUUCGGUCCAGUCGACGUCGGCAUCAACACCGAAGGCGGGACCGCGAGCGAAUGUGAUGACGACGGUCAAUUCGACCUUUAUCCCGACCGUGGAUGAAUACGCACAUGUUCUGCCUGAAGGAGAGACUCGUCUGACCCCUCAGACAUUUCUGGUGCGACCGACCAGACCAGAUCAGCGAGUCGGGAAGAAGAGGACACCGGCUGCCGCCCCAGUCGAUCAGACGGUUGUGGGCGAACAGUCUGCUGCUACCGGCCAGCCGAUAGCACACGUCGAAAAGGCAGACGAGAAGCCCGCUCGAGAACCGCUCCCACCCAUCGAAGUGCAAGACUUUGAGCACUUGCAGCUCAAUCUCGAAGAGGCUUUCUUCUUGUCCUGGGCUAUAGGAUGUCUCCACGUGGUUCAUCCAAAGACUGGUGCCGUGAUUCCUCCCCGUGACCUGUUGCGGACGGCUCUCGAGCUACCGUACCCUUUAAGGAACCUCGGUCCUGCCAGGUCUGCAGCCGACGAAAUCGCUAUGCGUCCCGACAACCCGUUCUUGGUGUCUUAUGUCGCAUAUCAUCACUAUCGGUCACUAGGUUGGGUCGUCAAGACUGGUAUCAAAUUCUGCGUCGACUGGCUGCUAUACAAAAGAGGUCUGGUAUUCAGCCAUGCCGAAUUCGCUGUACUGGUCAUGCCGCACUAUGCAGAUCAGGUUGAGGCGUCAAAAAGUCCCUUUGCACUGCCCAACGACGGCGCGAUGACUUGGCAAUGGUUGAACACGGUCAAUCGAGUCAAUACGCAAGUGAAAAAGACCCUGAUUUUGUGCUACGUGACGAUACACUCGAACGACACGGUGACGGCAAAGGAUUUGGAGAACCCGGUCAAUCUGCUCGGACGAUACAGCGUCAGGGAAGUGACUAUUCGUCGCUUCGUUCCCGCCCGGAUGAGGGAUUAGGGCCUGUGCGGGGCGACGGCAAGGUCAGGGUGGUUUCUCGACCACCGUGUAUCGAGCACGAAAUCCGCGUUUGUUUCUUACGAGAAAUCUCAACCGCGCCUGACAUAGAGUCUGCGCGAAUGUAAUGCAGCGAAGACAUACCAUACUGUAUGCAACGAAUUCCGUGUGCCAAGCAAGUACCAUGCGAUCUUUCAGGAAAGGUUGACUUUGCAGUAACAGCAACGAUGUGUGACUCGAAUGCGAGUUUUACGAUCUUACAUUUGGAUCCACCGGUUGUACCACAAUUCCGAGGGUUUCUUUUGUUCCUGUCA